AUGAAUAUUGAAGAAAUUCAUACGAACGUUUUACUUGAAUCCGGCGAAGAAAGUCGUGAAUUGCAUUCCCCCUGGACCCUUCAUUUCCGUCCAUUCAUCUUUAUUCCGGGUUGGAUUGCCUACUUUGUGCUCUUCAUGGUCUUGUUAAAAAGUAUCAUUGAUUUUAUUAAUACAACAGCUGGUUCAACACGAAUACUGGGUUAUGUUAUAUUUGUUAUAGCCUUAUUUGCGGUGCCAUUACUAAUUAAACGUGGCGUCGAGUACUUAAUAGAUAUGAAGGCAAGUCAAUUUUUGUAG